AUGCCUAUCUCCAAGAUCCACGCUCGCUCCGUCUACGAUUCUCGUGGCAACCCCACCGUCGAGGUCGACCUUGUCACAGACACUGGGCUGCACCGAGCCAUUGUCCCCUCUGGAGCAUCCACCGGUCAACACGAGGCCUGUGAGCUCCGUGAUGGUGACAAGUCGAAGUGGGGAGGCAAGGGCGUCACCAAGGCCGUUCAGAAUGUGAUUGACACCAUUGGCCCAGCUCUUAUCAAGGCGAACCUCGACGUCAAGGACCAGUCGGCAGUCGACAAGUUCCUCAUCGACCUCGAUGGAACUCCCAACAAGACCAAGCUUGGAGCCAAUGCUAUCCUGGGAGUCAGUCUGGCCGUUGCAAAGGCUGGUGCUGCUGAGAAGGGAAUCCCUCUCUAUGCCCACAUCUCUGACCUUGCUGGGACCAAGAAGCCCUAUGUGUUGCCGGUGCCCUUCAUGAACGUUCUCAACGGAGGGUCCCAUGCCGGUGGCCGGUUGGCUUUCCAGGAGUUCAUGAUCGUCCCAUCCUCUGCCCCUUCCUUCUCCGAGGCCCUGCGCCAGGGAGCUGAGGUGUACCAGAUCUUGAAGAAGCUCGCCGUGAAGAAGUACGGCCAGUCUGCCGGAAACGUCGGUGACGAGGGUGGUGUCGCUCCCGACAUCCAGACUGCGGUAGAGGCUCUCGAUCUGAUCACCGAUGCCAUUGAAGCGGCGGGAUACACCGGCAAGGUCCAUAUCGCCAUGGACGUUGCUUCCACCGAGUUCUACAAGGAGGAGGAGAAGAAGUACGACCUGGACUUCAAGAACCCCGAUAGCGACCCGACCAAGUGGCUCACCUAUGAGCAGCUGGCUGCUCUUUACGGCGAUCUCUGCAAGAAGUACCCCAUUGUCAGCAUUGAGGACCCGUUCGCAGAGGAUGACUGGGAGGCGUGGAGCUACUUCUUCAAGGCCCAGGAUAUCCAGAUUGUCGCAGAUGACUUGACCGUCACCAACCCUCUGCGCAUCAAGAAGGCCAUCGAGCUCAAGGCUGCCAACGCCCUGCUUCUCAAGGUCAACCAGAUCGGCACCUUGACCGAGUCCAUCCAGGCCGCCAAGGAUUCCUAUGCUGACGGAUGGGGUGUCAUGGUGUCUCACCGAUCCGGCGAGACCGAGGAUGUCACCAUUGCCGACAUUGUUGUUGGUCUCCGAGCUGGCGAGAUCAAGACUGGCGCUCCGGCUCGAUCUGAGCGUCUUGCCAAGCUCAACCAGAUCCUUCGGAUCGAGGAAGAGCUCGGCUCCAAUGCCGUGUAUGCCGGCGAGAACUUCCGCAAGGCUAUCAACCUCUAA